AGCGCGCAGGCCAGCGUGCUGGUAUAAAUAGCCGCGGCGGCCCGGUUGAGAAGCGGCGGCGACGACGGUGGAGGUGAGGGAGACGGAGACGGAGACGGAAUCGGAGUGGGGUCUGUGACCGUGACCGGGGUAACUGCUGGCGUCCUGCUCACCGCUAAGACCAAGAUGAACCCAACACACGCCCAAGGUGGGGAAACUACCAACAUCCAAUUCAAGGAUUCGUUAACUAACUGUAUGCAGGCCAAACGAGAUCUGGAAAUGGCCAUUAAUACCAUCAUUCAGGCCGAACAAGAAAUGAAAGCAAAUAGUCAUGAGGUAAAAUUUCAAAUUCAUAGUUGUAUCAGCCGUCACAUGGAGUGCCUGCGGAGUAGAGAGGUUUGUCUCUUGGAGCAGAUUGACCUUGUUCAACAGCUGAAAGAAGAAUCCUUGCACCAACAAAUUCAGCAGCUUUACUGGCUGCUUGGCCAGUUCAAUUGCCUUGUUCAUCAAUUGGAAUAUCCCCAGAAUAACCAGCCAAUUAAUCAAAUUACAGCCUGCCUGGAGAGAUUGAAGGACCUGACCCUAAAACCAGAGGAAUCUCCCGACCUGAAUUUUGAAGCCGAUAUCCCUUCACUCCGCCAAGCCAUCACAAGCUUCGGGGCCAUCAAAACUCUGGGUUCAGAAAGAGAUUGCAGGAACUCUUGCACCAUGGCAGCUGACUUGGAUUACUGCUUAAUACCAAUGCUGACUAAGAAGGCAAUCCCCAAUGGAAACGAGUGCCCGCUCGCUGACUGGCUGCGCAGCCCCCCUGCUGUGCGGAUGCCAUUCAUUAACAUGCAAGAUCGGCCACUCAAGCAGCCCAGCCAGGGUUCAUCGACAAACAUGAGGGCUUGGGAAUGUCAACAGGGCCUUGAUCACUGGCUGUGUUCCAGUAACCAAAAGAACAACCUAACUGAGAACGUCAUGACUCAACAAUCCACUCAAACCACCACCAGCUGUAACCUGGGACCAAAGGACCCAGGCUAUUAUAGAGACCAGGCCUGGGGUAAACGGCAGGGCCUGGAGCACUGGCUGCUUCCCAACAAGCAGAAGAAUGAUGCAACGGAGAAAGCAACUGUACGACAAUACUUUAGUUCAACCCGUGAGAACCACACCGACAUGAAUUACUACAGGCUGCAGGCGUGGGGGCAUCGUCAGAGCCUUGAGCACUGGCUCAUUCCUGUUGAGAAGAAAUCUGAUCCUUCCAAGGAAGCUCCUGUUCGUGAGCGUAUUGAGUCAUCCAGUAGUUCGUCCACCUUUGAGCUAGUAGAGCAAUUUGACAUGGAGGUCGUGGACAAAGAGGAGAAAGAGCAGAGGCCACCUAAUGCAAAGACGGGUGGCUCCAAUGUGAAGCACGCACGUGUAGAGAAACUGAGCGACAACAGCAGCGAUAAAGGCAAGUGGAAAUCCAUAACCCAGCCAUUCAGAGAGAGGUUUAUUGCCAGCGAGUGGCUUUUGAAGUCCAAGUCUGAAUCCUGCAUUAGUUGCUGUGGAGUUCAAACAAAAGCCAUCGAAAUCGAAAAUCUUGGGAAGCUGAAGUGCCUGAGUGAGCACCAGAAUGCCAAGAAGUCGCCACCAGCGUCACCGAAUGAAGCACGGCACCUUCAGCAGUCAAUGCUGCCAAUUCAAGUUGCCGACGUGUGCAAGGCUAACGAGCCCUGCAGCAGCUUCUCUGCGUGUGUGUGUGGACGGAGCUGCGAGAAGGAAGCCAUCAACGAGUGGCUACUCAAGCAAGGAGGGAAGGACAAGAAUGGAGUGCAGACGGGCCAGCCGAACAAAGGCAUCACAGCGCCAGACAAGAGCGAGUUAGACCAGUGGUUGCACCCCCUGACAAAAUCGGCAAGAGAGCCACUACCCCUGGAGUCUUCUGUCAACGUUCCCGUGAAGUCACUAGAAGAUCUGAAGUCAAACACUCCAGUCACCACGCCCAUGAAUCUGGAUAAGUGGAUGCACAAAAUCCCCGCCGGUCCUGAGAAGGGAGCAGAGCUUGAAGUGGAAAAUAAAUUUUUGUUGCGCAAGAAAGCACAAGGACUGAAUGGUAUUCCUGAAGUGACCAAUCUUUUCUCUAAUCUAAGUUUUUCUGUUGGUCAGGAGAAGAUUCCAGUAAAGGAUCAAUCCAAAUUAUUUGACGAUCUGUUUUCACCUUAUAAGGAGCCCUUUGUUCCAGAGAAAUGGCUAUUCAAAGGUUCUUGCCAGCUUUGAACAAUUGGCGUCACAGAUGAAUUGGCUGACUCGCGUCAGAUACAUUUACCACCUGAAAUUCUGCUGAAUUAAUUCCUUGCUUCUGCCUUGAAGACCACUCUUGUGUUCAAAUCCUUUGUGUGUGAGUUGUACUGUGAAACUGAGUGGCAUCAACAUGCUAUGGAAAUCAUUAUUGAGAUUCCUUCAUUCCCACCCCUCCUCCCCACGGUGACCACUUUCAAUCCAGGCAUCACGCAACUUGUCUCAUUGCUAACACCCUCCAAGACAGAUUAUAGCUACAGGUGAGGUGAAUUAGGUUCAUUAGAUUUGACCUGUAUUAGAGGAUUUCUAGUCGAUUUAGUAAGCAGUACUACUAGUUAUACGGUGUUAGAAAAGGGAGUGGUGAAUUAAAUCGACACGUUAAUCCCUACUGGAAACUUAAGCCUCGUUGCCUUGCAUUAGGCAUUUGAAUUGUUACAGCAGGUGCUGGCAGCAGAGAACAUAGUGCACCAGUCUGUAUUGACAGGCCAAGUCUAAAUUUAACAUUUCAUCAAGCAAUGGAUUUAAUGUUUUUUUGAAUUAACAUGCAGGAUAAUACACCAAUCCAGUGAUUGACCGUAAAACGGCUGCAGUAUAACCUGUGCUCAGAGAAGAUCAGUACGCACUUUGUUCUGAGGUUGGUGUGUUGAUAUCGAAGCUGCCUUGCCAGCCUUUGAGUAUGGUGGAGUUGUUCACUCCAGUUAAACAGUUGACUUGUAACAGAUGUUGGCAUUAGGUGGUUGAAAUAUUUUGGAUCUGUUGUUUUGACGUUUCUAAAUCAAUGCUUCACAGUUUGAGUUGCUUCUUAAUAAUUGGGAUGUUUUGAAAAAAAAUUGCAAACCCAGUCUAAUACACGGCUACCAUGAAAGCUUUAGUCUUGUAUGUGUGUAAGUAAAGAGCAUGGGAUAAUCUAUUCCAAAGUUCCAUCCUUGGAUUGAUGUCCCCUGACACUAGCUUUGUCAAAAACAAUUCAAUGUAAUCUUUAGCAAAGUAAUUGGUGCUAUUCAGUAUUAUUUUAGCACUAAUGAAUAAAUUAUCAGUUGCACCCAGGGAGGAAGGAGAGGAAAAACUUAUCUCUUGCAUUGUUGGAACCAACCAACCAAUUGAUUUACUGCAGUGGUUCUUAACCUGGGGGUCGUUUGGGGCUUUGCCACGGGGUCAUGAAGGGGACAUAAAUAACAUACCAAUUUGUUGAGCCCAUGUUUAGGAAUCUAACAAAGGUACAUACCACAUACAUUAUUUUGUUUGCAUAUGCGCAUACUGGUGCCAAAAAGGUUAAGAACCACUGAUCUAUUGGUUUCACUGAGACCAGUCAUGAUCUGCCUACAUGCUUAGCAUUUACAUUGCAUUUGACAUCUCCAGUUCAGUGUGAGGCCUCUUUUAGGUGCUGUUUGCUCCUGAUGAUUAGAUCAGGACUCUUGCAUAAAGAGACUGGAAAGGCUCUGGGUGGAUCUGUCAAUAUGCCGAGGACGAAUGAAUGGAUGUGCUUGAUGGUGAUGGAAGGCACAGCUGCUGCCUGGCCAGUGGAAUGUGAAAGAAUCAGGCUGCCAUGAGGGCAUCAACAUCGCUGGUCUUGAGAAAACUCACCAUCAGUGGGCAUGUCCUUUUUAUAUCUCAUUCAGUUUUUAAUGAAAUCCUUUCCAAUUUCAGUAUAAUGAUCAACUUUUCUCUUUCCCCACAUUAGUUCACUUUGCUGAUGGCAUUAUGUUUUAAUUUAAAUUGUAAAGAUCUGGGUAAUUAUCAAGUCCUUAAAUUACAGUGAUAUGACUUUAGGGGAUUCUCCAAGCCUUUCUGGUCCCUAAGUAUUAGCUUCUUUGUUGUAAUCAGUUUCAUUAUUGUGACCACAACUGCUUUUGUGUAAUCAAAAUAAAUGGAAGCUACACUAAGUUACAUUUAUUUUCUUCUCCAUUGAAAAUCUACCUUGACAUUGCUUCAGCAAUCAUUCUUAUUUAUGGAUUUUGUUUCUAAAUGUAAUCAUCUUAAUAAAAUGCUGCAGCAAAACUAA